UAAACGUUGAUAGUGUUUUGCGAACUGAAGAAAUUCGAGAGCCAAUGCCUUUAGCGUUCUGAUUGGCCCGCAGUGUGGGUCAUGAUAUCCCCAUAAUCAGGUCGCCCCACCAGCCCAGACUUCACCUUUCCAUCGAAAAAAAUCUCGAGGCAACCCUCAACCUUUAGGUUCUCGUCAGGAGAGACUCAACACAACCACAACACGAUGCCUUCGACUCACAAGAAAGAGAAACCAUGGGACUUACCAGGGACAGACCAUUGGAAGGUCGAUGCUUUUACUCCCAAGGAUAAUGUUGGCGGCACAUUCCUCGAAGAGAGCAGCUUUGCUACUUUAUUUCCGAAAUACCGCGAAGUUUAUCUGAAGGAGGCAUGGCCUCUGGUUACCCGAGCCCUCGAAAAGCACGGAAUCGCUUGCACGCUCGAUUUGGUUGAAGGCUCUAUGACGGUAAAAACUACGAGAAAGACGUAUGAUCCCGCCGCCAUUCUCAACGCCCGCGACCUCAUCAAGCUCCUGGCUCGCUCCGUACCCGCACCUCAAGCUAUCAAGAUCCUCGAGGAUGGUAUCGCUUGCGAUGUGAUUAAGAUACGCAACUUGGUCGGUCCCAAAGAGGUCUUCGUCAAGAGAAGACAAAGAAUACUCGGACCCAACGGUUCAACUCUCAAGGCCCUCGAGCUACUCACUGAAACAUACAUCCUGGUUCAUGGAAACACGGUAUCCGCUAUGGGACCCUACAAGGGACUGAAGGAGAUGCGACGAGUUGUGGAGGACUGCAUGCAAAAUAUACACCCAAUCUACCACAUAAAAGAGCUUAUGAUUAAAAGGGAGCUUGCAAAGGAUCCCGAACUUGCCAACGAGAGCUGGGAUCGCUUCCUACCCAACUUCAAAAAGAGGACUCUCAGCCACCGACGUGUUCCCCACAAGGUCACCGACAAGACCAAGAAGACAUACACACCAUUCCCUCCCGCUCCCGAAAAGAGCAAGGUCGACAAGCAGAUCGAGACUGGCGAGUACUUCUUGGGCAAGGGCGACAAGAAGCGUGCUGUGCAGGAGGAGCGCAAGGAGAAGCAGAACAAGCGAAAGGAGGAGAAGGCGAAGGAGCGAGAGGCCGAGUUUGUUCCACCGGAAGAGGGUCGUCCCAAGAAGAAGCGCAAGAAGUCGGAAGAGUAAACAGAGAGAGCAUCAUAUUACGUGGAUGGGUAACUGGUGUGAGUUGUUUGAAUCUCAUGUACAAGCUCUCGAGGUGUAUGAUACCCUGAAAAAUCUCGGCGUUCGUUGUCUCUAUUUAAGGAUUAAUAGCUAAGA